CAUCAGCAAAAGAGUCAUCAUCAUCAUCAUCAUCAUCUUCAUCUCAUGCCAUCCUUUGUUGUUCUAAUGCCGCCAUUAUCCUCCUUCUUCUCCUUCUUCAGAUGCAUCAUCUCAAGCUUUCAGAACCCCAGAUCCGAAAACCCAGCAUCUCUCCUUCCAUCAUGACUCCUCUUUCUCCCCCUUCUCCUUCUCCUCUCCCUCUCCUCCCCCACCACCACCACCACCGUCGCCGCCGCCUCCUCCUCCUUCUCCUCCUCCUUUCUUUUCCCAUCCUCUACCUCCUUUUCUACUCCUCUUCCUCUUCCCUUCUCUUCGACCUCCUCUCCGCUCUCGCCCUCUCCUCCGCUGCUCUCCUUGUCUUCUCCGUCUCCCUCCCUCUUUUCCCCUCUAUCCCCUCUCUUCGCCUUCUUCUCUCCCGCUCCUCCGCCGCCUCGCUCCUCCCCAUCCACCGCUCCCGCCACCGCCGCCGCAGCUCACCUCCCCCUGUCCUCUGGUCCAUCGGCAGCGAAAAACCCUCCCGCGAUUCCUCUGACGCUAAGCGCCACUCCUCAGGCUCCUUCGUCCAGGCCUACAGUAACGGCGACGUCUAUGAGGGCGAGGUUCAUAAGGGCAAGUGCUCCGGUAGCGGCGUCUACUACUACUACAUGAGUGGCCGCUAUGAGGGCAAUUGGGUUGACGAUAAGUAUGAUGGUUAUGGCGUCGAGACUUGGGCUCGCGGGAGCCGGUAUCGCGGCCAGUACCGCCAGGGCCUCCGCCAUGGUUUUGGGGUCUAUCGGUUCUACACUGGCGAUGUGUAUGCUGGAGAGUGGUCCAAUGGGCAGAGCCAUGGUGUUGGCGUGCAUACUUGUGAGGAUGGGAGUCGCUAUGUUGGGGAGUUCAAGUGGGGUGUCAAGCAUGGCCUUGGCCACUAUCAUUUCAGAAAUGGGGACACCUAUGCUGGAGAGUAUUUUGCAGAUAAAAUGCACGGGUUUGGAGUCUAUAGUUUUGCAAAUGGGCAUCGAUAUGAGGGUGCCUGGCAUGAAGGAAGGAGGCAAGGCCUAGGGAUGUACACCUUCAGAAAUGGAGAAACGCAGUCCGGUCACUGGCAAAACGGUGUUCUUGAUACUUUGAGCACUCAGAACUCCCUUCCUGGCUCACCAAUUGCUGUGAAUCAUUCAAGAGUACUCAACACUGUGCAGGAAGCACGACGGGCAGCAGGGAAAGCAUAUGAUGUACCCAGGGUUGAUGACAGGGUAAACAAAGCUGUGGCAGCCGCGAACCAAUCUGCCAAUGCAGCAAGAGUUGCAGCUGUGAAAGCUGUUCAAAAGCGAGUCCCGAAUAAUGGUGAUGACUUUCCGACUCCAAUCGUGUGACUAAAACAGUUUUCCCUUUUAUGCAACAGCAUUAGACAUCUUCUCUAAGAGUAAUCAUAAUCCAAGAGAGCAGCAUAGAAUUCUCCGGCAUAAUUGCAGUAUAGCAACGGACCUUGUUGUUUUCUCUUAAGCUCUUUUACAGAUAGUUUUACAUAAAGGAGUGCUGUCUUUUGUCGCUCUCGGGUUGUCGAAGAAGACAACGGAUCGAGUGGCAUUGUUUGUUUUUCGUGGUUGUUCUUUUCUUUAUAUUUUUCUAAUUUUGUUUUCUCUAAAUGUAACAUGUAAAUAUGUUUUGAGUGAUCAUUCUGAGGUGAAAGUGCCACUGAGGUGAAAUAGCAGGGUCUCUCCUCUAAUCUGUAAAGUGUUUCUGUAAGUCAAUUUGGUGUUGUAUGUGAAAAUGGAAACAGUUUAUUAGUAUCAAUCAUCAUUAAUCGCAUGAUUUUUCUUUC